CCCACAAUGCUUACCGCCCCAUAACUCCGCUGCAGCCCGAGGAGAGCCAGGCACGCUCUCGGGCCCCGAAUAUAGAAAGAAAUAAUUGGGGGGGAAAAAUCUGGAAAAAUUAAUAAACGAGCGGAUCGAGCGGAGGACGGCGCGGGGAGCGGCGGCGGCUCUCCCACGGCGGGUUUCGUGCUCCGGUCCGGGAUGGAAGGUUACCGGGGCCGCUCCGUGUGAAAUUGACUAAUGCGGUGCUGGAAACUUUUAGGACAGUAAGGAUGCAGAACAUUAUUUCCCACUCACCGCCAACCAUAGCUGUUGGGACUGGGUGAGGAGGACCGAAGACGAGACCAGAGAGAAGGAGAGACAGAAGCGGAGAGAGAGAGAGAGAGAGAGAGAGAGAGAGGGAAGGAGCCUACAGAGUUGAAUUUUAAGAGAUUUUUGUCUUACCCCGAUGUUACUGCCAGAUCAUUGGCCCUCCCUGUGAGCCGCCAGACGCCCCCGUUGUCCGCAAACCCCCCUGCGACUUCCCACGUUGAGCCUGCGAGGCAGGGGAGCCACAAGUGAGUUUUCAUGGCAGCGGCACUCUAGGGCUGCCAUGGCAGCUGCUGCCGCUGAUGCCUCACACCGUAUUACCGCACUGACGCCGGAGGAAGAGGGACGACGGACGCUCGCCAAGCUGUUCGGUAGCGCCGCCCCGCUGCCACGGACAGAGAGAGAGCAAGAGCGAGAGAGGGGGCGAGAGAGAGAGAAGGAGAGGGAAGGGGAGGGUGAGGAGGUAGGGAGAGGGAGCGGGAGCGAGUGCUUGGUGUGCGGGGCUCUGUUCACCUCACAGGAGAAGCUGCGCGUCCACGCCUUGAGUCACACGGGAGAGAAACCCUUCCACUGCUCGCAUCCACACUGUCCCAAGGCCUUCAGCUCCAAAUACAAACUCUUCAGGCAUAUGGCCACACACUCUCCACAGAAGACCCAUCAGUGCUCAUUCUGUGAGAAAAUGUUCCACCGCAAGGACCACCUGAAAAACCACCUGCAGACCCAUGACCCCAACAAGGAGGCCUUCAAGUGUGAGGAGUGUGGGAAGCACUACAACACCAAGCCGGGAUAUAAGCGCCAUAUGGCCAUGCACUCUGCCACGGCAGGGGAUCUCACCUGUAAAGUGUGCAUGCAGAGCUAUGAGAGUACACCCGUUCUCCUGGAGCACCUCAAGAGCCACUCCGGGAAGUCGUUGGGUGGCACCAAGGAGAAAAAACACCCGUGCGACCACUGCGACCGUCGGUUCUACACGAGGAAGGAUGUGAGACGUCACAUGGUGGUCCACACGGGCCGAAAGGACUUCCUGUGCCAGUACUGUGCCCAACGCUUCGGCAGGAAGGAUCACCUGACGCGCCACGUGAAGAAGAGUCACUCGCAGGAGCUGCUGAAGAUCAAGACGGAGCCGCCGGACAUGCUCGGUCUUCUGGCUUCUGGAUCACCACCUUGCUCUGUGAAGGAGGAGCUCAGCCCCAUGAUGUGUGGCAUGGGUCCCAACAAAGAUCCCAUGAUGGGCAAACCCUUCCCCAGUGGGGCCCCUUUUCCAAUGGGCAUGUACAACCCCCACCACCUCCAGGCAAUGUCUAAUACUGGGGUGGGUCACCCACUCCCGUCCCUAAUGCCUGGCACCUUGUCUGCAGCUAUGGGCAUGGGCUGCCACAUGGAAUCCCCUGGACCUCUUCAUCCACACUCCCAUCACCACCACCAUCAUCACCACCAUCACCACCACCACCAUUCCCCUCCGCUGCCCACCCACCACCAGACUCCGGCUCCCCAGCAGCAGCACCAGCCCCAGCCAGCCCCCAAAUACCAGCUGGGAUCUACCUCAUACCUGCUGGACAAGCCCUUGAAAGUGGAGAUGGAGAGCUUCCUCAUGGAUCUGCAGAGUGGCUUGCCAGGCCCGGUUCACUCUGCAGAGCCCCACGCUGCUGCCUCGCCCCCCAAGGACGGACUGGAGCCCACCUCGGGCCUGACGGACGAGCUUUGCGGGGAUCACCUCCUGUCCAAGAGCCCUGCGAUGAUCGCGGAGUCUCUGUGUGCUGCUAACAUGGACUUCUCCCACCUGCUGGGGUUCCUGCCCCUGAACCUGCCCCCGUACAGCGCCCCCAUGAGCACGGGAGGGCUGGUGAUGGGCUACACCUCAUCCGCGACCCCCUCCUCUUCCUCCUCCUCCUCCUCCUCAUCUCUGCAUGCUGCCGAGCCCCAUGCCGCAGCAGUCAGCACGGCACCUCUUACCUCUUUGCAACCGCAACCUCAGGAGCAGCAGAGCUCCAGCGGGGGUCUGGGCUUCGGACCCCUGCACCCCCUUCCCCCGGUGUUCAGCUCCAGCCUUAGUACCACCACACUGCCUCGCUUCCACCAGGCCUUCCAGUGAGAGAGAGCCCAGCCCUCUGGCUUCCACGCCAGCCUUGGCUCCGCUCACCAUGGAUAUUUGGGGCUGUGGCUCUUUCCAGAGCCUGAUCGAAAAGUUGGAGAAUUAAGAUCAAUAAACCUACAAAUGAACACUUAGAAGCCUUAAAAGAAAGCGCACAAAAGCUUUUGAUUGAGCCUUAAAAGGAAAUUAAGCGCCCUUUGAGCAAAAAAAGGAAAAGGUGAGAAAAGAAGACGAAGCAGCUUUUAUUUGGGCUUUUUUGCUCGCCCCCUAUCCUAUAGUUAUAACGUCGUAUUAACCCUUCUUUUAAAUUUCCAUUUAUUUCCCCUUUAAUCCCCCUUCCAUCCCCUAUUUAGUGGUAUAGAGGGCAGGAUCAGUAGGCCAAAAGGCGUGGUACUGCAUACUUUAUAAUGUAAUAAUUGAAAAAAAAAGAGUCAAAGAUAAUUUUUUUUUUAGUGAAGAUUGUCUGUCUUGUUGUGACCCAGAACAAAAAAAAUAUAGUUUGAAGUGGAUAUUUUGUUUUACUUACUUUUUUUCUCUUCCAAAUGUAAGAACAUGGUAGAAUGUGUCUCAUCUUGAGUUCUGAACCUCCCACUCUGAGAACCAUCAAGUGUCAUGACCAGUGCGGAGAGGAGAGAGAUCAGUGAAGGAAUGAAGAGAGAAACAGCCAGGCUAGAGCCACCAAAAGUGAGCCCUGCCCCUAAAAAAGUGCUCUUAUAACGACAAGUCCCAACUAUUUUUCUUUUAGCUGUGACUAAUGUGCUCCUAGAGUCAGGUCAGUUUGAACGGAAAUAGGAGGACUGCGUCCUCUGUUUGCUGCCCAACAGAAAGACCAGUCACACGCAUGGCCACGCAUUUAAAAAAAAAGACGAUAUUUGAGAGAUAUGUGGAAUUGUGUGAGUUGGAUGACAACGAUGUAUCAUCAUGCUGGCUUUUUUUUUUUAACCUUUUACUCUUAACUUUUCCUCAAGAGAAGCACUUUUUUUUUCUAGCAGAAGGCACUUGACCUUUAGGAGUCUCCUCGGGGAAACCUUGAAUCUCCUUCCUCGAGACUUCUGGAGGUUUUCACUGCCCGAGACCCAGAGUCCACCUGGUGUCUCUUGCGAGGACUCUCCUUCCCUCACCCGUCUUUCCUCCAACAGUUAUCUUUAAAGAAAGAAUAAUGUUCCCGUGAUAACGAUAUAUAUCGACGAUACCCGACAUAUCUAAGACAUAGGCUGUAUUCUUGGAAACCAUAACACAGACACAUCUUUUCGCAGUCUUUUAAAAAGAUGCAUCAUCAUGGUAAUGGAGAACCCUGACAUAUGUGAAUGGCAGAGAACAAGAAUUACAGUGACAGAUGAGGAAGAAGAAAAAAUGUGUUAAAGAAUGUUAUUGCAGUGUACGAAAUAUCUCAAGAAUGAAUAUUAUAAUUGCUUUUAUCUCAGUAAGGUGUAUUUUAGAUAGACGUAUUAAAACUAAGUGAUGAUGUUUUUGAUGUCUGGCAGGUUUACAUUUGAGUGUAUCUUGCUUUUUUUUUUUGAUCAAACAAAUGGAUGAAGUAUUAGCUUUUCCCCGUAAGCUUUCUCUGUCAUAUCCAAUCUUUACCUUUACAUGUACUGUGGAUGGGAAAUAUCUUUAGACGGCUGUUAGUGGCUUAAUAAUCAAGUAGGAAUUGAACUAGAUAGAUUGUGUCGUAGGGUUGCUGACAUGGAUGGAAUAUGAAUUUACGACUGUAGGUCUUCAUCCGGUGGAUUGUGUUUCCCCUGAGCUGUGAUGGAAUCCCAGCUGGUUUCACCCCAAGCUCGAGGGCCGUGGAUGUGUCGUAGUUCGGAGCCUUUUCUAGCCAUUCACCGCCGGCCUAUUAAAGAAACCUGAGCCCAAAGUUAACCCAAGCCUCAAAGCGAGAAAGGUGCUCCUUUGUCCAAUAGGACGCAAACAACACAGCUGGCAUAUCCAUACGUUUCACAAGGGGCUGAGAUCCUGCAUCAUCUGUGGCUGUGCCCCGUCCCGGUCGGGACCGGGGGAGCAGUCCCCAUGCCACAGGCGAGGCCCACUCAUGGCAUCAAAUGUAGAGCGAAAACGGACAAAGGAAGAAAGAGAGAAAGAAAAGAAGAGAGAAAGGAAGAAAGAAAACAUAGCACAUGAAAAAGAAAAUAGAACAUCAAAAGACAUAUUGCUGCUUUUAGCCACGGCUGCUGAUGGACGACGACUGUAGACCACUAGAACAUUUCAAUCUUUUGCAAGAUGGACAGUGAGCUGGAAACGUGCACAAACAGAACCAACAAAGUGUUCAUCAGCCCCGCCCCCCCCCCCCCCCCCCUUCUCCUCCUCCUCCUCCUCUUCCUCUUUUCUCAGCUGCUUUGUAGAAUCAAAGGAAAAGGGUCUGACGAAAUAUGGCGAUAUCCGGAAGAGCGACGCAGUCACUGAAUUCCCGGGGCUUUGACAUUCAAAGCACAGUGGGGGGACACAUGGCUGCCUGCGAGAGUCGGGGCAUCGCCUGUAGUCAUAUAUUUGUUUUGUUUGUUGUCAUAUGAUAUAUUAUUUUUCUGUUUGUAUAAAACAGGACCUCGAAAAAAACAACACAACACAUCACCUCAUUUGUAUUUUUUUUAUUUUUUAUUUUUUUCUUACCAAAACCUCGGGAGAAGAAACUCACACCUUUGCACAAUUGCUUGUUACAGAAUGCUGCAAGUGUCAUCCGAUUUCUAUACUGUAGGACAUCAAGGAAGCCGGCGAGCUACCAGUGGCUGACGGCCCCCAGCGUGAUUUUUAGAAUUUAUAAUCAGCGAGCACUGAUGUUGAAAACGCUUCCCCACAGUCUGACUGUUCAACCACACCUGAAGCCGAACUUCUCGAUGUUAUAUUCCAAGUUCUGAACUCAUUUUAGAACUUGUUUGACACUUAUUAGUCUCCCCCCUGGAAGGGUCAUUAUUUUGAUGACGACUCUUGUAAAAUGAUCGAACUUGUCAUUGAUCCUGAAUAAAUCCGCUGCCGGCACCUUUCUGCUAAAUUGACCUGAUAUAUAUUAAAAAAAAAAAAAAAAAAAAAAAAAGAGGCAAGAUUCAAAUUUGCUCUUUUACUGUGAGCUUCUGGCUCAAGCCAGAUUUGUAGCAAUCAAAUUGAGCAUUUAUAUUUUUGUAACAAAUAUUCAUUUAGUCCUUUCAAAAAAGAAAAGGGUGAAGGAGACGAUUUCGGCAUGUAUUAAGUUUGUCCUCCCUGGGUUUCUGUGAGCUAAUCUGAAUUCUAGCACUUUCAACCUUUAAAAAAAAAAAAACUUUUUUUUUUCUUUUAAAAUUUCAGCUUAUAUGUUCAUAUGUUUUUAAAUUUUGUAUUGAUCAUGUUCAUGUAUGUGCCAUUAGUUUGAUGUGUAGACUUUUAACCUUUGUGUAUUUCUCCUCUCCAAAAGAAUAACAGUAUUUUUGAUAGACCUUUCACUAAUAACCUCCUGCAUACCAACCCCCGCCCCUUCUCCUUUGAAACUUUUUUUUUUUUUUGGUAACCAGCUUUGCCUUCUUUCUCAUAAAUUUAUAUAAUCAAACGUUACAGCCAAGUGCACGGGGAGAACAGCGGCAACAUAUCUGUUAUUCUGAGGCGGCGAGAAACGAGGGCCCCUCCCUGACCACGCCCCACCAGCGAACCCUGCCUGUAACUGAACGGACGCCCCGUCAUGAGUGACCCCAAUGUGAAAGCACUUACAGCUGAAAGGAGCAACUUCCUGCUAUAAUGACUCAAACGCUCGAAUGAUGCCACCGUGUUGGAACCGACGACAGUUUGGGGGUUUUUCAUUGCGAAGCGGGUCCACUCAUCGAAAGGUUGGAGAAUGACAAGUGUUCAAAUUUCUAAGACGGAGGUGAAAAGUGUGGCCGCGCUUGUAGCUGCAAAACAGACCCCAGGUUCAGCCACGAGUCUCUCCGUCGUUCUUUGUAACGGGAUCGUCCCGGGGAAACGGGCCCAGCUGAUCCGUAUGGAAGCCCGCUUCUGACAAGAGAAGGAAAGAAAAAGAUGAAAAGUCUUGGCUUACUGCGUCAUAAAUAUGAGCCUUUAAGUCAAACCGAACUUGCCCAUUAGAAAAUAUGAAAUAUUGAGUCAAGUUUAUUGACUCAUCUAGAAAAAAGAAGUAGAAAACAAUGCGAUGCCGAGUCAAACUUUGACUUGCUUUCUAAUAAUCCUGACUUGCACAAAACGCAAUUUGUGAUUUAAUUAUUGAAUCUGUAUCAAAAUUUAGUAAAUACAAACCUUUACGAUUUCAUAAAAUCAAAAGUUAGAAAGACUUUAAGUCAUUUUGAUUUACUUAAGUGAGAUUAGAUUUUCUACCCUCGAUAAAAACUACAAAAUUAUGACCUAAUCCAGGGAGUGGAAACUUUUAUUCACUAUCUCUUACGUCAUCAUUUUGAUUUAUUCUGACGUACAGCAUCUUAUCAGUUGAACUGAUCCUCUUUUCCUUUACACAGUCACCACGUCGUCCUUCUCUUUCUGACGGAAGUGGGCUUCCGUAGCCUGAGCGAACGCAGCAAAAGAAGAAAGAAAAGAAAAGCUGAUACCAAAUCAGUGUGAUUCAGAAACCGAUGCUCGUGCUGUUCCGCUCCUUGGCUUGGCUGUAGAUCCAUUACCUCGAACCUGCACCUACUAGGGAUGCACUUAUCCUCACCUUCUCCUCUUAACUAGUAGGUGCAGAACACGCAAGAAAAAAAAGUUAAGGGAAUUUACUCAUCAGUUUAAAGCGGAAAAAAAAACUGAUUUGAUUUUAUUAAUGCUCUCCCUCUCUCUCUCUUUAUUUUUGCUUUUAGAAAGACAGUGGGUAUUGUCUGAUGCAGGCAACACCCACAUGUAGUUUUAUAUAUUUCUAGCUAAAUGUAAGUCUUGCAUUCCAACCUCUUUGUGUAUCUCGUUUAGUGACAUAGCCCUUUAUUUUUUAUCACUCGCUAUUACGGCCACGUCUGGCAUAAAAAAAAAGAAAAGGUGAACGAAAAUAGAAUAUUUGCAUUCACUUACACUAUUUUAUAUAGCAUGGAGUUUAUCAACUACAGGGAGAAUUAUAUAAAUGAUGCGCUUCAGAGGAAGAAAGAAAAUGAGAAGUCUUGCUUUUUUUUUGUUACAUAUCUCACAUGCAAUCAGUUGCUACGAUGUAAAAGUGACAGAUUUGUAUAUUGGUUGAUCCAAAGAGAUGGUGAACACAACAACAGAACUAUUGACUUAUUGUACAGUACAGUGUAUCUUUGAGUUGUCAUGUGUUAUGUUGAAAUGAUUAAAAGACGAACCAGCGGUUUCAUA